AUGAUUAAAUCAUAAAGAGAAUCAUAAGAAAGGUUAAAUUAAGAGUUUCCAUUACUUUCCCCAAAGAAAUCUUUUUCAAUGGUAAAAAGUAAUAAUAUUAUUCAAAUUUCUUAAAACUCUUAAUAAUCUAUACUAAGAAAAUCACUUAAAUCUUAAUAAGCAUUAGGAACACUUCUAAAUAAUAAACUAAAUUUAGAUUAUUAAAGUCCUGAAAUAGGUUUAAGAAAAUCAUUUAGAUAAGAUAAAAGUUAAUUAUGUUCUUUUAUUCCAAAUAAAAGAGCUAUGUUGUAAAGUUAAUGCAUUGAUGUUUCUUCUUAAAUUAGAUCUAUUUCUUUUAAAGAAACUAACUUAAUGUAAGUCCUUAAUUAGAUUUCAUAUAUAAUAAAUGAGUUAAAACAAUAUAAAAGCGAGAAAGGUUUAAUUUCAUUAAUCGAAAAAGAAAUUUAAUCAAAUUCACGCUUUCAAGAUCUUUCUUUUCUUUUUGAUUAAGUUAAACUUAAAGAACUUGUUUCUCCAGAACAAUUAUUUAAAAGAAUCUACAAAUAAUUUACUUAUUCUUCUGAUAAUAGAACAAUAAUUAGAAGAAACAAAUUAGAUUAAAAUUUCCUUUAAUUAUUAACAGAAUUUCUUAAUAAACUUGAAGACUUAUAUCGAAAAGUACAUGAAUCAUAAUUUUUGGGAUUAUAUGAAUCUAUGAAAACUUCUAGAAUUAAGCUUUUAAGUAUUUUUUUUUAUAAUUAAGAUAAGGAAAUUGAAGUCUAGAAUUUGUUUACUUCAUAAUAAAAGAAGGAUUCAUAUUAAUAAUUCUAGACAUUUCUUUCAUCCAAAUUUACUUUAAACAAAAGAAUCUUGGAAAGUAAAUUAUUUUAAGAUAUUAACGAACUUGAAGAAAAAAAUGGCUAGUUCAAAUAUAUUGAUUAGAAUAAUAGAUUUAUUUCAAACAAAAUUGAUGAUAUUCUUAAAAAUAUAAAAUAUUGA